AUGCCGUCACUGAGGUUGGUUCGUCUCUUUCAGGUUUCCGAGAAUGACAGCAUCAGUCGAUCCAUCUGCUUUCUCUGCCGGACACGGUUGCACGAAUUUCGUGACUUCCAACUGCGGUGCCUUGAAGUACAAGACGUGCUGCAAAGCGAGUCAACCCCGGUCGUAAAGGAAGAACCGUUGGAUGAAGCAGAAGAGGCGGGACCGUCAUCAGAGGCGGCACCGCAAUCAGAGGCCGAUGCUGAAUUGACUACCGCUACUGAGGAGAUCUUGCAACCGACAGAAGUAGCUGCAGAGCACGGUAAAAUACCAAAACCUACUUUUCGGCUCGUUACGAAACGUGUAAAAUACGACCACGAAAAGAAAACGGAAUGUUCUAUCUGCGGCGAAAAGAUUCACGAUUCUCGUAUGGAAGGCCACCAGAAUAAACACAAAGGUCUUCAACCGUACAAGUGCAUGCAUGGCUGCGUGAAUGUGAGUUUUCAUAGCCGACAAGUCCAGCUGUAUCAUUAUCGGAAUAUGCAUAGCGCACAGCAAUACGAGUGCGAUAUUUGUGACAAGUUGUUUCAGUCCAGGAAAAAGCUCUACGAUCAUAAAAGGGUCGCUCAUACGUCAAGGACAAAAGUAUGCUCGAUUUGCGGCAAAGCGUUCCUAACACCCUCUGCACUGAAAGAUCACAUGAAUUAUCACAAUCCCAACCGCGAGAGGAAAUUUCCCUGUCCGGUUCACAAGAAUUGGCGUAUGAAGUUACAUAUGAAAAUUCAUGACAAUGAUGACGAGAGUCGAAGAACCAGGUCUAGUGCGAAGCAGGAUUUAUUGGAGCCACCAAGGGUGCAAAGUGACGGCGGUGUCGAUUGUACGGAAAACCCAAUCGAACAGGUUGACGCCGGUGAGGAACAUUUCUCUUCGUUUGAAACAGGAAAAGUUAAAAUGGAAUUAGAAGCAGAACCUGAACAAGCGCAAUAUUCCGAUGCAGUUGUGGCGGGAAGUUCUUCUUGGGUUGAAUGUGGCGGAGAACCUGAAAGGGAGUUGCAACCAACCACAGCUACAGAAUGCAGCUCCCAACAGCAGGAUGAAUCGAAUUCAGAAUCAGAACAGCAGCAAAGCUCGAACUUUUCAAGAAAGCGUAGAUCCAAUCCGCUAAUAAACUGUCCCAUCUGCGGCAAACAGAUCAAGGAAUCUGCUGUGGAAGGCCAUCAGAAUUUACAUAAUGAUCAUCGGCCAUAUAAAUGUGAACGUGGCUGCGAUGAUGUAGAUUUUCAUUGCCGAACGAGUCGCAAGAACCACUACCGGUUCGCUCACAGCACACAACAAGAGUGCGACAUUUGCCAUAAGCUGUAUACAUCCGAGGCAAGUCUCGCCAAUCACAAAAAGUACAUGCACGCAGAGAAAAGAUUCAACUGCGCCUUUUGCGACAAAGCGUUCACAACGAGUGCCCACACCAAGCAACACAUGAAGAAGAAUCACUUAUAUUGAAAAGUGUUUACUGUCCUCCUAUGGCUCCUUAACUGUUUGGAAGGAAAAUUAAUAUUUCCUAAUUCUCAAUGUUUCUCACAAUCAGAUACCAAGAACAUGCAAAUAAAGAUGU